AUGUCGCAUUCCGGCUCCACGCCGCAGACACGACGCAAACGCGGGCUUUCGCUCCGGUCUCAACUUUUCACCAAGGCCCUUGCAAGCCCCAGCCAGCCGCCCAUUGAGUUGGCUUCUGGGCCCGUCCAUGAGGAGCAUACAAACGAUAGCUCCAGCAAAGCCGGCACCACAUCCACAAGCAGCAGCAGCUUCAACGACACCAGCAGCUACACAAGCAACAUAAGCAACGCAGCAGCCCAUGCCAGCCACACAAACAACGCUGAUGCAAAUCCUUACGUUCCUGGUACAAACACAAAUCACACCGCCGGAAAACCACCGGGGCCGCCGCCGACAAUUGUUGUGGAAGAGGCUGAACCGUACUACCCGCCCUACUCACAGUACCCGCAAAGCGCCUUUUCCACGACCCAGCUCACGGCCUUGUCUAGUGCCAGCAGCAGCGCUUCCGACGCGCGACAGCCGCCGAAAAAACUGCUCUGGGAGCGCGCGCGCGCACUAGUGCGCCCGCCUGCGCCAGAUUAUUCGGGCGCCGGGCGCGAGAUUCCGGUCGCCGUGCGCCAACUCUCGCUCACAGACCGCCGCACGGGCCGCGAAUACUGCUCCAACGUAAUCACAUCUUCCAAAUACACCGUGUACACGUUCUUGCCCAAACAGAUCCGCGCGCAACUAUCCAAAGUGGCCAACUGCUACUUCUUGGUCGUGGCCAUCAUGCAGAUGGUGCCCUCUUGGUCCACCACAGGAAAGUUCACCACCAUCAUUCCCUUGAUGAUAUUCAUGUCCAUUUCCAUGGCCCGUGAGGGAUACGACGACUGGCGACGCCACGGCCAUGACCGCGAAGAAAAUAACAAGGCUACCCAUGUGUUGCGUGAAGAUGCUGACUUGGAGCGUUUCGAUACGCAAUCCAUUGCCACCAUCAUGACCGAAACCUUGCCUACACCGCUGACUUUUGCUGGCGUGGCCGAACCUCUACUGGAAGAUAGCGUUUUCUCCGAAAGUGCCAGGCGUCGUUAUAACCUUCGUCUAGACCGCGCAAAGUGGAAAGAUGUACGUGUAGGGGAUGUGCUUUGCAUCAAGGAAGAUGAGUGGGUACCAGCAGAUGUUCUUUUGCUCGCGGUCGAUGGCGAUGAUGCCUACGUCGAGACCAUGGCCCUUGACGGCGAAACAAACCUCAAACCCAAGAUCGCCCACGCACAACUUCGAGCACUAGCCUCGAGGGCAGCUUCCAUGAAAAGUAUACAUACCGUGGUUACUGCUGAAGAUCCAAACCUGGAUUUGUAUAAUUUCGAGGGCCAUGUGGCGCUAGACGGCAGUACAUAUGCGUUGGGCCCUGACAAUAUUGUGUACCGAGGCAGCGUACUACGGAAUACUCGAGCCGUUUUGGGCUUGGUUGUAUUCACAGGGGAAGAAACGAAAAUCCGCAUGAAUAACUUACGCAGUCCGCGUGUCAAGGCCCCUAAGCUCCAGCGGAACAUCAACUUGAUUGUGUUGUUCAUGGUAUGCGUUGUACUAGCACUCUCGGCCUUUUCCACCAUGGCCCUGAGAAUCUACUAUUCGCGUGAUCACAAGAAAAUGUGGUACAUGUUUGAUAGCGAUGUGGGCGUCGCACCAACAUUUAUGGGAUUCAUCAUCAUGUACAAUACAUUGAUCCCCUUGUCGCUUUACGUGACCAUGGAGAUCAUAAAGGUUAUGCAACUUCUCUUCUUACAGUUCGACAUUGACAUGUAUCAUGUGGAGUCCAACACACCUGCAGAUGCGAAAACAGCCACUAUUUUAGAGGAGUUGGGCCAAGUCUCCUACAUUUUCAGUGACAAAACGGGAACCUUGACCGACAAUAAAAUGGUCUUCCGCAAGUUCAGCGUUUGCGGGUGCAGCUGGUUGCAUGAGCUCGAUUUACUAGAGAAAGAACGCUCUGAUCCAUCUGAUAUGGCGCGUGUUGCUAGCUUAAGGAGUAUUGUACCGGUAGAAACGUCUACAUCUAUCAUUCGCAAUUCUUUGGACUUAACAACGGUCCCUACGCGAUCCACGUGGAAGUCCAACGCACAACCGCUCAAAGAACAGGACAUACCUACUUCAUUGUUCUUACUCAAGUAUGUGCAGCUGCAUCCCCAGACACUUUUCGCUAAGAAAGUCACCUUCUUUUUGUUGAGUAUCGCAUUGUGCCACACAUGUCUGCCUAAACGUGUUGACUCCAAGAGUACGAAUACUUCAAGCUACUCUCUUAACGAGCAGGAGGAACCUGAUAUAGACCAUCUUGAAACUGAUUCGCAGAUCCGCUAUCAAGCUUCCUCGCCUGAUGAACUUGCAUUGAUACAAGCCGCGCGUGACUUAGGCUUCAUUCUCCUUGACAAGGAGAACAACAUUGCCCAAAUUAAAACAUACCCGAAUGGAUUCAAUGCUGCACCAAAAAUAGAGCAGUAUGAGGUGCUUGACUUCAUUGAAUUUUCGUCCGUGAGGAAGAGGAUGUCGGUGAUUGUCAAGUUUCCUGAUUCGCGUGUGGGUGUCAUUUGCAAAGGCGCUGAUAAUGUUAUUAUUGAUCGAUUGAAAAAUGCAGAGAUUGCAAAGAAAAAGGCUAGAGAAUUAUUAAUGAACUCUGCCGAUCGAAAGACCAUGGAAGCCGAGCUUGUCCUUCAAUCUAGAAUGUCAGCUGAUAUGGAAUCUCGAAAGUCUGGUGGAUCAUUGCGUGCUAGUUUAGAUAUCGCAGAAAGAAUGGGUUCAAUCGAUGGAAUUGUAAACAAGGACGACCAUGAUUUGAGCGAGAUUGCUAAGAAGGCUAGACGGUCAUUACAUAUCCAACAAGCAAAACGCUACAGUUUGGACGAGAGCCAGAUAGAGCAAGAAACGGGGCCCAAUGGACCAAAGGUGGCUAUUCCAAACGAUGCGCUUUUGGUUAACGAAGAGUAUUUGAUCGAGAAAACUUUGGAGCAUAUUGAAGACUUCUCAACUGAAGGUUUGCGUACUUUAUUAUACUCAUUCAAAUGGUUGAGCCAUGGAGAAUACGAAGAGUGGGCCAAGGAGUAUCAAGAUGCCAAAAUUUCUUUGGUCGACCGCGCAAAGAAGGUUGAAGAAGUAGGAGAAAAGAUUGAAACAAACUUGCAAUUAUUAGGGGCAACGGCUAUCGAAGAUAAACUACAAGAAGGAGUGAGUGAGGCCAUUGAAAAGUUGAGCAGAGCAGGCAUCAAGUUGUGGAUGCUAACGGGAGAUAAGCGAGAAACCGCUAUCAAUAUCGGCUACUCAUGCCGUAUAAUAAAAGAUUAUUCCACGGUGGUGGUUUUAUCUAUGGAUGAGGGCUCAGAAACACUUGUCCAAAGAAUCACAGAAGCCGGACGCGAAAUGAAAGCCGGAAGAAUCGCACACUGUGUGGUGGUAGUGGAUGGAGGGACUCUCACUCUGAUUGAAAAUGACCCAACUCUCUUCUCGAUUUUCAUUGAAUUGUGUAUUCAAGUUGAUUCAGCCAUUUGUUGCAGAGCUUCUCCUUCACAGAAAGCGAAGAUGAUUGAAUCAGUUCGCGCCUUGAAGAAGAGGGACGUAACUCUUGCUGUAGGCGAUGGAGCUAACGAUAUUGCCAUGAUUCAGAGUGCAGAUAUUGGUGUGGGUAUAACCGGCCAGGAGGGACUACAGGCAGCGCGUUCUGCUGAUUAUGCAAUUGCACAAUUCAGAUUUUUACUCAAGUUGUUAUUGGUUAAUGGCCGCUACAACUAUGUCAGAACAUCCAAAUUUGUGUUAUGCACUUUUUACAAGGAGCUUUUGUUUUAUUUGACCCAGUGUAUUUACCAAAGGUACACAAACUUCACAGGAACAUCCAUGUAUGAGAGUUGGUCUUUAUCCAUGUUUAACACACUUUUUACCUCCCUCCCGGUUAUCUGCAUUGGUAUGUUUGACAAAGAUUUGAGACCCGCUACAUUAUUGGCUGUACCUGAAUUAUAUACGACAGGUCGUAUGUAUAAGGCUUUCAACCUUAAGGUCUUUUUAUCAUACAUGGUACUUGCGGCCAUGCAAAGUGUGGGGAUCUCCUUUUUAGCAUACUUUUCGUGGGGAUUUUCUGCGAUGAGAGAUAACUCAUUGAUGCCUCUUGGAAACUGUCUUUUCUGGGCUUUGGUUAUUGUCAUCAACGGAAAGAUUCAGUUCCUAGAAAUGCGCAACAAGCAGUGGUUAGCGUUCGCAUCUUUUUUCAUUUCUACCUUAGGUUACGGUGUAUGGAAUGUCUUGAUUAUGCUCCUCCAUCGUGGCAAAAAUGAUAUUAUUUACUACGUCUCGUAUGGCUUACUAGAAUUUGGCCGAGACGUGACUUGGUGGGCCACUUUGUUGAUGUUAUUUAGUGUCUUGUUGUUGUUCGAUCUUCUUGUUAAAGUUCUUAAAUUUGUCAUCAAACCAAACGAUACGGAAUUGUUCCAGAUGUUUGAGAAAGACAUCAAUAUGAGAAGAACCUUCGAACAAAACGCAAUGUCUGAGUUGAAGCAAGGUUGGUUCAUGGCCAAAGAACCUUCGACCACAAAAGUACACAUCUCCAAAUUCAUUCACAAAGUGUUCAAGAUUGAUAUAGACCGUGUUGUCCCCAAUGAAGUGAACCAAGACCAUGAAGGCUCGGCAAUGCAGCGAAAAAGAGCAGGAACAAAUACAUUACCCGAUGAGCUUCCUCCAAGUGGCGAAGGGUCAGCUGUUAAAGAAGCAGAUUACGAGCUGCCAGACUUAGAGGGAUACGAAAUUCUACCUAGUGGCGCGAAAGUAAAAGUCAAAAAGGAAGGUAUCAUGUCGAGGUUUGAAAGAAAGCUUCAUAAAAAGAACGAGGAUCCUGAUAUCGACGAGGUACUCGAGAAUAGGAUGCGAGAAUUUGAGAAUUGA